GUGCCGAGCCUGAGGCGGACAAUGGCAGAGCUGGGUGAAGCCGAUGAAGCGGAAUUGCAACCCUUGGUGGCUGCCGAACAGCAGAAGGCGCAGUUUACUGCACAGGUGCAUCAUUUCAUGGAACUAUGUUGGGGUAAGUGUGUAGAGACGCCAGGGAAUCACCUAGAUUCUUGCACUGAAAACUCUCUCUCCAGCUGUGUAGACCGCUUCAUUGACACCACUCUUGCCAUCACCAGUCGGUUUGCCCAGACUGUACAGAAAGGAGGGCAGUAGGCCAUCCCCCAGGAAAAUGACAGAAGCAAAGGACUCGUUAUUAAGCAGACUGAAGGGCCAGUAGGGGA